GUGUACUAAUCAUCUAAGUAGUAGUACUAUAGUAGUCCUCUGUGUAGUAGUAAUCUAUGUUGUAGUAGUAGUACUAUAGUAGUCCUCUGUGUAGUAGUAAUCUAUGUAUUAGUAGUACUAUAGUAGUAAUAUGUGUAGUAGUAAUCUAUGUACUAGUAGUACUAUGAAUCCCAAUCAUUAGAACCUCCAUGAAAACAUCGACCUUGAUCCUACAGCAGCCCUUAACCGUUUUUAAUUUGGUCAUUUGUCCGUUUCCUUCAUUGAUUGAUAUCAAUACAGUACAUUUCCAGAUCAUGUUUCAUUAUUCACAUAUUAACUGGUCACAUGAAACAGAGUGUCUACUCUAUGUAGAGUGUUUUAUUCACUCUACACAGAGUAGUAGUACUCUGUGUAGUAUAGUACUCUGUGAUGUGGUAUCAUGUGAUGCAGGCGGUCGCUGAUCAGUGAUGUCAUUAAGUAAUUAGUGCAGAACAGCCCAUCGCUCCAAGAGGCUGCAGCCGUCACAGAGACCAGAAGACCAGGAGCUCUGAGCGUUCUGCAGCCUACUGAAGGGAACCAGAAGACCAGGAGCUCUGAGCCUUCUGCAGCCUGCUGAAGGGAACCAGUCAACCAGUGAACCAGUCAACCAGGGAACCAGAAGACCAGGAGCUCUGAGCGUUCUGCAGCCUGCUGAAGGGAACCAGUCAACCAGUGAAGCAGGGAACCAGAAGACCAGGAGCUCUGAGCGUUCUGCAGCCUGUUGAAGGGAACCAGUGAACCAGUCAACCAGUGAACCAGUGAACCAGGGAACCAGAGAACCAGUGAACCAGUGGACCAGUGAACCAGUGAACCAGUGGACCAGUGUCGUUGGGGUCCUCCACCAUGGCUCUGGGGCGCGGCCCGGCCCUGUGUCUGCUGGUUGUCAUGGAGAUGUGUGCGGGGGGCCCUCCCAGGAGGGCGUCGUGCCCGUACCCCCCCUCCCAGUGGUGCAGCUCCCUGCAGGUCGCCCUCCAGUGCCAGGUCCAGAAGCAGUGCAUGGAGCUGAGCGCCACGCGUCAGCGGAGCCCCCCGGUGGCGGUGGCGCUGUACUACGACAGUCUGUGUCCGGGCUCCCGUCUGUUCCUCACCCAGCAGCUGUUCCCCACCUGGACCCUUCUGCAGGACGUCAUGGAGCUCACACUGGUCCCCUACGGAAACACUCAGGAGCUGCAGAACGCGACCGCGCCCUUCAGCUGUCAGCACGGAGAGGCAGAGUGCCAGAGCAACAUGAUGGAGGCUUGCAUCCUCCACCUGGCCGGCCCCGCCUCCCUCCAGAUCAUCCACUGCAUGGAGGCCGCCGCCCACCUCCUCCAGGCCGCCCGACCGUGCGUGGAGCUGUACGCCCCGGCGCUGCGCUGGGCGGCGGUGGAGGUCUGCACGACGGGGGGGCGGGGGGGCCAGCUGAUGAGGACCCACGCCGCCCGGACCCGGGCCCUGAAGCCCCCCCACGUCCCCUGGGUCACCUUCAACGGGGAGCUGAGGGAGGAGGUCCAGGACCGGGCCCUGGGGUCGCUGUUCCACCUGGUGUGUGACCUCUACAAGGCGAGGAAGCCGCCGGCGUGCACCGGAGUGCCGGUCAGACUGGACCGGAGUCUCUGCUGAACGCGCCAAACGUUAGCAUGUAGCAGAGCUAUCUGACAGAGCUACCAUUAGCAUGUAGCGCUAACAGAGCUAUCUAACAGAGCUAACAUUAGCAUGUGGCGCUAACAGAGCUAUCUGACAGAGCUACCAUUAGCAUGUAGCGCUAACAGAGCUAUCUGACAAAGCUAACAUUAGCAUGUGGCGCUAACAGAGCUAUCUAACAGGGCUAACAUUAGCAUGGAGCACUAACAGAGCUAUCUAACAGAGCUAACAUUAUUAUGUAGCGCUAACAGAGCUAUCUAACAGGGCUAACAUUAGCAUGGAGCACUAACAGAGCUAUCUAACAGAGCUAACAUUAGCAAGUAGCGCUAACUGAGCUAGCUGACAGAGCUCAAUGCCUGAAUAAAACUAACAUUAGAAUGACCAUUCAAUCUUUUAACUGCUAAAUUUACUUUUGUGUUACCAAAUGAUGUUAUCGCGCUUUAUGUCAAGAACAGUUUUAAUACAACUUUAUCGAUAGUACGUUUUGAACAGUCCAAACCUUUUACUGGUUCAUAGUUUGAGUUUACAAUCACUAAAUAUCAGUUAUUGAUCCCUGGAUCACAAAUCAUGUUCGCAUUUCAGGGAUGAUUGUCCUUCUUUGGAGAAGCUAAGCAAUACUUAAAAUUUGUACCAACCUAUCAAUAAAUAUUAAAACAUUGUCCAUUUCAAA